CGGGGCCUGAAGACCCUGAAGGCCGGGCGCUCGCGGGGUGGAGGCGCCUCUGCUGCACCGCGGUCGGGCCGCUCGGUGUAUCCAAGAUUCAUGCAACAUGCGGACUUCCAUGCAGGCUGUGGCCCUCUGGGGAAAGAAGGCCCCUCCCCACAGCAUCACAGCUAUCAUGAUCACCGAGGACCAGCAAACUAUUGUGACUGGAAGUCAAGAGGGUCAGCUCUGUCUGUGGAAUCUCUCACCUGAACUAAAGAUUUCAGGUAAAGAACUCCUAUUUGGUCAUUCGGCUCCAGUCACAUGCUUGGCAAGAGCAAGGGACUUUUCUAAACAGCCCUAUGUGGUCAGCGCUGCUGAAAAUGGAGAGAUGUGUGUCUGGAAUGUCAGCAAUGGACAGUGCGUGCAGAAGGCCAAACUUCCUUACAGGCACACUGAAGUCUGUUAUUACCAUUGCUCAUUCCGGAUGACAGGGGAAGGCUGGCUUCUGUGCUGUGGAGAAUACCAAGACAUUCUUGUUAUGGAUGCCAAAACUUUGUCAGUUAUUCACACUUUCACAUCCCAGUCUCCUGAUUGGAUCAAAUGUAUGUGCAUUGUUCACUCCAUGAGAAUUCAAGAAGAUUCUCUCCUUGUAGUGUCAGUAACAGGUGAACUCAAGGUUUGGGAUCUCUCCUCAUCUAUCAACAGCAUUCAGGAGAAGCAAGAUGUCUAUGAAAAAGAAUCCAAGUUUCUGGAAUCCUUGAACUGCCAGAGCAUACGAUUUUGCACAUACACAGAGAGACUUCUGUUGGUGGUGUUUUCUAAGUGUUGGAAGGUCUAUGAUUAUUGUGACUUUUCCCUCCUGUGGACGGAAGUGGGUGGAAAUGGACAGUUUUUUGCUGGUGGAGAGGUGCUCGCGGCUCACAGGGUCCUCAUCUGGAUGGAGGAUGGUCACAGUUACAUCUAUCAGCUGCUGAACAGUAGGCUUUCAAAAAGCAUAUACCCUGCUGAUGGAAAGGCGCUUAAAGAGACAAUUUAUCCUCAUUUACUGUGUUCCACUUCUGUAGGAGAGAACAAGAGCCUCCCCUUUGUUAUGGGUUACAUGAAUGAAAGAAAAGAGCCUUUCUAUAAGGUACUUUUUUCUGGAGAAGUCUCAGGAAGAAUUACUCUGUGGCACAUUCCAGAUGUCCCUGUAUCCAAGUUUGAUGGCUCUCCCAGAGAGAUACCAAUAACUACCACCUGGACCCUUCAAGAUAAUUUUGAUAAGCAUCAAAUGGUAUCUCAAAGUAUCAUGGACCAUUUCUCUGGCUUUAAAGAUGAGGCAGGUAGUAUGGUAGUCACAUCAUCAGAGUACGUUCCAAGUCUUGAUAAGCUGAUAUGUGGCUGUGAAAACGGGACAAUUUUCAUCACCCAGGCUUUGAAUGCUGCCAAGUCAGGACUUCUAGAAGGCUGUUCUUUACUAAAAGACUCUCUCUCUAAUAAAGUUCUUAAAGGGCAUCACCAAAGUGUUACUUCAUUGCUUUACCUACAUAGUGUCUCUUCAAAAUUAGACCAAAGUUGGAUGGUGUCUGGGGACCAAGGUUCAUGUGUCAUAUUGUGGGAUAUCUUUACUGAAGAAAUAUUGCAUACAUUCUCUUUGGAAGCUGGUCCAGUAACAAGUCUUUCAAUGUCACCAGAAAACUUCAGAUUCAGAGAUGAUCAGAUAAUCUGCUGUGUGUGCAGUGACCACUCUGUGUCUCUCCUUCACCUGGAGGGGAGAAGCUGCCUCCUUCAAGCCCGGAAACACCUUUUCCCUGUGAGGACAAUCAGAUGGCACCCUGUGGAAAACUUUUUAAUUGUUGGAUGUGCAGAUGACUCUGUCUACAUCUGGGAAAUUGAAACAGGUACUUUGGAAAGACAUGAGACAGGAGAAAGAGCAAGAAUUAUUCUUAAUUGUUGCGAAGAUUCAAAGCUUCUGAAGCUUGAGCCAGUACUUUCAGUUACCUCAGAAGCAAAUAAGCACAAAAGCCUAGAACAGAAAUCCUCUAGCUCCCAUCAGCUUGGGUCAGUAUCCUGCCCAGUUGUUCUACAGGUAGACUCUCCAGGUAAGGUUACUGAUGCCAAGCCUUUCCCAAGACCUUUUAAUGUCUUGCCUGUGAAAACAAAAUGGAGUAGCAUUGGCUUUCAUGUUCUUCUCUUCGACCUGGAAAACCUUGUUGAACUUCUGCUGCCAACUCCACUCAGUGAUGUUGACCCUUCCAGUUCCUUCUAUGGUAGUGAAAUCCUGAGGAGAGCCAAAAGCACAGUAGAGAAGACAACACUGACAAUAAAAAGAAAUAAAGCUUCCUGCAGUUCCCUCCAGGCAGAGACACAGGCCAAGCCUAAGGGUGACUGUCCUCCCCAGGGAGAUCACCCCCUCAAAUUCUCCGAAGAAAAUGAUAGCAUUAAAAGGCAGAAAAAAAUGAAGAGCUCCAAGAAGACAAACCCAAAGCCAUCAAGAAGAGUUGAUGUCAACAUCACAAUAGACACAGCGAAAUUGUUUCUGUCCUGCCUGUUGCCCUGGGGAGUGGAUAAAGAAUUUGACAACCUCUGCAUUAGGCAUCUCCAUAUCUUAAAGCUUCAGGGUCCCGUGUCUGUGGGACUUGCUACCAAUGAAGACUACUUCUCACUGAUGCUGCCGGGCUGGGACUUAGGCAGCUCAGAAAUGAAGAAAGAACACUCGAGAGUCAAUCUGUUUUCCAGAAAAGUUUUGGACUUAUCCAGUAAAUACACAGCCACUCUUCCAAAUCAGGUCGCAGCACCAAGAGGAUGGGACAAUAAUGAUGAUUCUUUGUCAGAGUCAAAUACUAUCGUCUAUUUGUUGAGCAGACUAUUUUUAGUUAAUAAGUUGGUUGACAUGCCAUUAGAGUUGGCCUGUGAAAUUAACAGAUCCUUUAAAACAGAAUCUUUACAUAAUAAGAUGAAAGGUCCCAGGAGUGAUGGUUCAAAUUAUUCCAGCUUUUAUGGGUACUUACGAAAUGGUAAGAAUGAAUCUUGUAUACCUGAGGACAAUCUUUCACUUUUGAAGUUGAUCUCUUGCUGGCGAGACCAAUCUGUGCAGGUAACUGAAGCAAUACAAGCAGUUCUCUUGGCCGAGGUUCAACAGCACAUGCAGAGUCUGAGAAAGAUUCCAAUCAAGAGCCAACCAGUGCCCAUGGCCGAGAGCAGUAGCUGUUUGAUGAUGCAGAUUCCAACCAGGAUGGAAUGGGCUGAAGAAGUGGAGUUACAGCGUAUCACAAACAUUUCUCCUCCACGGACUCUAGUCUGUCCGGUCAAGCAUGACAGCAACUCAAACUCGGCAAACUUCCAAGAUGGUGAGGACAUGCCUGACAGAUGUGUCUUAGAAGAGUCUGAGAGUCCAGGUCAACCAAGACGCCACCCAUGGGUAGCAAAGGUGUGUGCCUGCAAGAUGUGCUAAAUGAAACUGUAGACUUUGGAUCUAAACAAAUGAAGAAAAUAAAAGCAACGCUGUUCCUGUUCUGUAAUGGAAUGGAUAAUGCUUUCGAGUGUAUUUAAAGAACAUACCCAAAUUCUCACUCUAGAAAAUCACAGCCAUUCUACAUUCCUCAUUUUGUUAAUAUUUUCAACAAGAAGUGCCAAUCCACAAAUACAAGAAAGCACUACUUUAGGUUCUCUCCCAUUUCUGAGCUCCUGAACUACUUAAUAAGCAGCCUAAAAGCCAAUGUAACACACAAUAUUACAGGUAAUGUUGCUUGAGGGUAUUUCAGUUAAAACCCUAGAUUUGUUAGGUUAGGACAUUUUGUCUUAGUAAAUACUUCAAUUCAGACCAACCACUGUACUAAAUCGCACCCCUAAGCAUGAAGUGUUGUCAACAAAUAAGUAGCUCCAUUUAGUCAUCAAUUAAUCCAAAUAAGUGACACACAGGGUAACAGUGGCCAGCCUUGAGCAGUCUCAUUAGUUUUCACUUUUAAUGACAUCGAGGCUGAUGUCUUUGGCUAAAGGGUGAUGCUCUUAGCCGUAUAGAUGUGAUCUAGAGAGGGGAGCCUACUUGAUUCUUACUAAGUUUCAACUCUUGCAGUUCUUUUCCCAGAAAGAGUUGUGACUGGCAGGAAUUCUAAAACUAAAAUAUGCAAAGCAAUAUAAAUAGGAACUGACAUAAAGUGCCUAUCUACUAAUGCCUUCACAGUAACGUAUUUUCUGUGAUUUAUAUUGUACAGUUCCUCAAUUUGUAGAAAAAUCAAGGAUUGUUAAUUUACAUAUAUUGUGAAUACAAAUAUGUUCCUAAUCCAUAGGAAAAUGAAAAUAUUACAUGCAUAUGAUGUAGCUUUCUCUAACCAAGGUAGUACAAAUCACUUCAACUCAAUAAACAGUUUUGGAAGACAGCCUACACAGGGAGCUGUGGGGAGAGCGCGGAGGGCAUCCAAUACCUUCUUCCUCUUCCCACGAUUCCUUCUCCCUUUCUCCCUACAUGUCUCCUCCCCUUCCUUUUUUCCACUUUUAAUAUUUCACUUUAGAAGACUAGAGAAUUACUUAAAUUUCUAACAUAUGUAAUGGAAAUGGCAUGGUAUCUACUUUUUAGGACAUAUAAUUCAUGGUUGACCUGAAUGAAAAUACUAGAAAUAGAUUCCUUUAAAGUAGGUGAAAGUUUUAUGCUCUAAAAUAUAAUGUCCCUGCUUGACAUCACUUGAGUUCUUCCUAGGAAAAGAUAAUGUGUUAUUAAUAUGAAUAACUGUGGAAAACUGGGAUCCUUUGGAGAUGGGCAUCCUUUUGUCCUUUUUGAAACAGUCAAAGCCGCUUGAAAUAGAGGGAGGCUGUAAGUUAGCUAAUGCAGUAGAUUAUCUUGCAUGCCACGAGCAUGGGUUAAAUUGUAUUUGCAUGUUCAAGUUCCACUAUGCUGACUGGAAAUAAUCUUGUGCUUGUGCUUGGCUGCUGCUCUACCACUUGAGUCACACCUUCAGUCCUGUGUUUGGCUGGUUAUUUUUUAUAUAAGGUCUCAUGAACUUUUCUAGUAAGAUGCCUCCUGAGCAGCUAAGAUUGCAGGUGUGCGCCACUUGAGCCUGGCUUAACAACAGUUCUGGUUUUUUGUUUUUGUCAGUCGUGGGGCUUGAACUAUGGG